CUUGUAAUUUUCUACUUGCUUCCCACUCCCAUCGUGUCCAUACAUAAUUCAACAGCAGGAGGAUGUCCGAUCAUACGGCCGCCUAGGGAGGGAGGGAUUCGCUACAGAGGCCUUACUCAGGAACAGAUCCGCAGUGUUCAGAUCUUGCCGGUGGACUAUGAGAUUGAGUACAUCUGUCGUGGGAAUAGAGUGACUGUAGGGCCAAAGGUCAGGAAAUGUCUUCUCAACAACACAUGGACAGACAUCAGCCAACAGACUCGAUGCCUGCUGCUGUGUUCCCGCGUGUGGAUGUCUCUGGAGAACGGGAGGGUGCAGGCACAGACCCCUGGCCUCCCAGUGGAGGGGACUACGCUCCAUUACAGCUGUAACGCUGGCUUUCUAUUGGAGGGCAGAAACAGCUCUCACUGUACCAAACUGGGCAAAUGGGACUCCCCUAAACCUGUGUGUCUGUUUGAUAGAAAUUACACAGGAAAGAAGAAACUGUACAUAGGCGCCUUAUUCCCGAUGAGCGGCGGCUGGCCGGGCGGACAAGCAUGUCUCCCGUCUGCUCAAAUGGCCCUUGACUUGGUGAAUAACAGAAGCGACAUUUUACCAGACUACGAACUGGAGCUUAUACAUUACGAUAGUAUGUGUGAUCCUGGUGAGGCCACUAAGCUGUUGUAUGACCUUCUCUACACUGAGCCCAUAAAGAUUGUCCUAAUGCCUGGCUGCAGCUCCGUGUCCACGCUGGUCGCUGAGGCAGCACGCAUGUGGAACCUGGUCGUGCUGUCAUAUGGCUCCAGCUCUCCUGCCCUGUCGAACCGACAGCGUUUUCCCACGUUCUUCCGCACACAUCCCUCAGCAACCUUGCAUAACCCCACUCGUGUGCAGCUCUUCCGAAAGUGGAAGUGGACCAAGAUCGCCACCAUCCAGCAGACUACAGAAGUCUUCACCUCGACUCUGGACGAUCUGGAACAGAGGGUGAAGGAGGCUGGAAUAGAGAUCAGCGUGAGGCAGAGUUUUCUCACCGAUCCCGCUGUGGCUGUCAAGAACCUGAAGCGGCAAGAUGCCAGGAUUAUCGUGGGCCUCUUUUACGAGACAGAAGCCCGGAAAGUCUUCUGUGAGGUUUUCAAGGAAAAACUGUAUGGGAAGAAGUAUGUGUGGUUUUUGAUUGGCUGGUAUGCCGACAACUGGUUCAAGAUCCAAGACCCGGCAAUCAACUGUACUGUGGCCAAUAUGACAGAGGCUGUGGAGGGGCAUGUUACCACGGAGAUAGUCAUGCUCAACCCGGAAACUGUCCGUGGAGCGUCCAACCUUACCUCACAGGAGUUUCUGGAGCUUCUGAAGUUGCGUCUGGGUGGGAAACCAGAUGAAACGGGGGGCUUCCAGGAGGCCCCCCUGGCCUAUGAUGCUGUGUGGGCCCUAGCUUUGGCCCUCAACAAGACGGUGGAGCGUCUUAGGGACAAGGGCCAGAGGCUAGAGGACUUCAACUACAACAACCAUGACAUCACAGCUGAGAUCUACAGGGCCCUGAACACCAGUUCCUUUGAGGGGGUUUCGGGUCAUGUGGUGUUUGAUGCCCAGGGUUCCAGGAUGGCCUUGACACUAAUUGAGCAGUUGCAAGGCGGAACCUAUAAGAAGAUUGGCUACUAUGACAGCUCAAAAGGCAAUCUCACCUGGUUUGGAAAUGACAAGUGGAUAGGUUCAGAGCCUCCACCUGAUCAGACAGUGGUGAUUGAAGAGUUCCGCUACCUCUCCCAGAAGCUCUUUGUGUCUGUGUCCAUCUCUGCUGGCUUGGGGAUCUUACUGGGCAUCGUGUGCCUCACGUUUAACAUCUACAACAGCAAUGUCAGGUAUAUUCAAAACUCACAGCCCUACCUGAACAACAUGACUGUAGUGGGCUGCAUGCUGGCCCUGGCCGCAGUAUUUCCUCUGGGAAUCGACAGCCAGCACAUUCACAGGUCCCAGUUUCCAGUUGUGUGCCAGUUCCGCCUGUGGCUGCUCGGCCUGGGAUUUAGCCUGGCCUACGGGAGCAUGUUCACAAAGAUCUGGUGGGUUCACACAGUCUUCACGAAGAAAGACGAGAAGAAGGAAAAGAGGAAGCAUCUGGAGCCCUGGAAACUCUAUGCUACUGUUGGAGUGUUACUGGCCAUAGACGUCUUGUCCCUGCUUACGUGGCAGAUUGUGGAUCCUUUACACAUAACUGUUGAGAAGUUCACCAGAGAAGUCCCUAAAGGAGACCUUGACGUUCUGAUUCAGCCCCUACUGGAACACUGCAGCUCAGAGAAGAUGAACACUUGGCUUGGUGUGGUCUAUGGCUAUAAAGGCCUGCUGCUGUUGCUGGGGAUUUUUCUGGCGUAUGAGACCAAGUCCAUUUCCACAGAGAAGAUUAAUGACCACCGUGCCGUCGGGAUGGCUAUCUACAACGUAGCUGUUCUCUGUAUGAUCACUGCUCCCGUGACCAUGAUCCUCUCCUCUCAGCAGGACGCCUCCUUCGCGUUUGCCUCUCUGGCCAUAGUCUUCUCUGUCUAUAUCACCCUGGUGGUUCUCUUUGUGCCUAAGAUGCGCAGGUUGAUCAUGCGUGGAGAGUGGCAGUCAGAUCAGCAGGACACUCUGAAGACUGGUUCAUCCAUUAAUAACAACGAUGAGGAGAAAUCCCGGCAGCUGGAGCACGAGAACAGAGAGCUCCAGAGCAUAAUCCAGGAGAAAGAAGAGAGGGUGACAGAGCUGCGCAAACAGCUCGCUGAACGCAGAGCUCUGCGUGCACGCAGGCGCCCAUCCGUGCAGAACCAGAACCAGAACCAGAACCAGAACCACAGCAGCGUUCUCCCUCCCCCCUCAACCCAACCAGAGCCCAAAGCCUUAGCCCAGCCCCCAGGCUACCUGGUGGCCACAUCUGAUAAGGGUUCUCUCCCUCCAGCCUUCUCCAACUCCUCAAACCUCUACCAGGCCGACAACAGGUCAAACCGCAACCAUUGCCAAAACAGUCAACUACCACUGCUGUAUAAAUGA